AUGACUGCUGAGUUCGUCUUCUUCAGUUUCUACGAUUCCGGCUAUCAAGACGGCUUUGAGCAUGGACGCGUACACGGCCUGAUUGAAGGACGGGCGCUAGGACGAGAGAAAGGGUUCGAAAUGUGGGAAGAGCUCGGAUACUACGAAGGGUUUGCAAAGACAUGGAGGGCGAUAUAUGCGAAACAAGGCAAGGAUGACAGUCGGGCGCUCAACCAUAUCCGACAUCUCCUGGACCUUAUAAACCAAUUUCCCAAGGAAAACCCAUCUGCAUCGGAUUCCUCAUCUUCUCUUGAUAUUUCCCGAAUCUUGCGGCAAAUACGCUCACGGUAUAAGGCGCUGUGUUCUACGCUGGGCGUCACAGCCUCUCUCAGAGUGGCUGACAGUGCAGAUGACUCUCUGGAGCAGCCGGCUGCGAGGAAGCCUUCUGUCUGGCCGUUGGAGGCACCCGCACAACAGGACCUGAGUUUCUAA